AUGGGAGUGGUUUUUUUUUUAAAGAAAAUUAGAGAAACAUUCGGAGUAAGAGACGAAAUGUGCAUAAUCUCCGAUCGACAUGAAAGCAUCAGCAAAGCAGUUGAAAAGAUAUAUCCCGAGGCGCAUCAUGGGAUAUGCACAUACCAUCUCUUUAACAAUGUCAAAGCGAGAUAUAGAAAAGCGAAAGGAGAAAUCAGAGAACACUUUUUUGGUGCAGCGAAAGCAUACAAUAUUGAGCAGUUUGAAAAACACAUGAAAGAACUUGACAAGGUAGACCCGAAAAUAAGGGAAUAUCUCAAAGAAGUCGGAUUAGAGAAAUGGACAACGAUUAAAUCACGAAACAGUAGGUAUUCGACGAUGACGUCCAACUUUGCUGAGUCAUUGAAUGCCACAAACAUAGCUGCAAGAGAACUGCCAAUAACGAUUAUGCUAGAGUUUUUACGUUCACUUGUGCAAAAAUGGAGUCAUGCAAAUAGAGAGCGUGCAAGGGCGACGAAGACAGACAUGUCAAAAACAGCUGAAGAAAUGUUGAAUGAAAACUACAUUCAGUCUCUGCAUCUAACGGUCAGCCCUGCAAAUGACAAUAUAUAUACUGUCACAAAGACAAUAACGCCUUUCUCGGUCGAUUUGGAGAAAGGAACAUGCUGCUGCAACAUAUUUCAAAUAGAUAGAAUACCGUGUGCUCAUGCAGUUGCUGUGAUAAGGAAAUACAACAAGAAUCCUUUACUCUAUUGCACCAAGUACUACAUGACUGAGACAUACAUCAACACAUACAGCCACACCGUUUAUCCCAUGACAAAUAAAUCAACAUGGAAUAUACCACAAGAAGUUAAAGAAGUCAUCGUGCUCCCGCCAGAAUCAAGAACAAAAUCCGGCAGACCGAAGAAAAAAAGAUUUGUGGCAGGUCAUGAAAAAAGAUCAAAGAAUACGUGUUCUGUUGGCAAAUAA